AUUGACACAACUGGGAAUAGCGUCGUCGCCUUCGGGCAAGCGCCUUUCAGCACUUGUGCUUAGAAAGGCUGCUCGUGGCGACAAGUGUCCGGGUGUCGAGUGAUAGUGCCACUAAUGAGCAUGCCAAAAUAAAAGCUGGCUUUCACUUAAGCCAAAAAUGUCGAGAUUCGCCGUCUGCGAAGGCGUCAAGCUGGGGAAUCUAUUCUAUCCAAAAGAGGAGGCAAUGUUGUCCGAACGCCGAUAAGGCCCGAGACCACAUUAUCAGCUUUUGAGUCCUUGGGUCAGUUGUGAGAUAUCGAUAAGACCACUCGAUUUCUGUUCCGCACGAGGAAAUCUUCCGAAGAAAUGACUGACGAACAAGACAAACUCCACGCCGAACGUGCAUCUCCGACAAACGGUACCGCGAUGGAGUUCGAAGACGUGCUCGAAGAAGUGGGGGGAUACGGCAAGUUCCAGAAGUAUCUCAUGUGGCUUUUUCUGUUCCCUUCGACGGCGCUAUUCUCCUUUUUCUCAAUGAACCUGAUAUUCUUGUUGUCAACGCCGGAUCACACAUGCGUGAUUCCCGAACUAGAGUCGCUGGCUUUAAACGGAUCCCAAGCGGAGAUGCUACGGGGUCUCGUGGUGAGCAGGGACGAGUGUUCGGUGCUGUCGCCGUGGAUGCUGAACAAGAGUCGCCUGGACCUGCUCCCAGGAGGAUUACUGAACGUGUCCGGACUGCUGAACCACGGCCUCGAGAGACAACCGUGUGAAAAGUUUGUUUACGACAAGACGGAUUUCGACGAGACCGUACCCACUCAGUUUGAUCUCGUGUGUUCUCACGGGCAUCUGCCGAGUAUGUUGUACUCCCUAUGUACAGUGGGCAGCGUCUUGGGGACACUUCUGUUCGGUUUCAUGGCGGACAGGCUUGGACGCAGGAUUACCUUCCUUACUCUUGCUAUCGUGGCACUGAUCACUUCUUGUGGUGCGACCCUUUCUGGAAAUUUCAUUUUCUUCGCCGUUCUUCGAGUCCUGACCGCAACACUGGAUCCUCAACUUGAGCAGAUUCCCUACAUAAUUAUGCUAGAACUGGUAGGCCCGGACCAACGUACUCUGAUGAUGGGAGUGUCAUGCCUAAGCUGGACCUUUGGCAUGUGUAUACUUCCUCUGGUGGCGUACCUCAGCAGGACCUGGUUCGUUCUCUCCGCCAUCACGGCAGGAGGCACAAUUCCAUUCAUCUUAUAUUGGAAGUUUCUCACAGAGUCGCCAAGGUGGCUCUUGUCUCAAAACCGGCUCGCGGAAGCUUCAGCUGUUCUUAGAAAUAUCGCGGCCAAGAAUGGAGUUCGACCUCCAGCUGACCUAGAUAGUAAACUGGAGAGAGUGCAGCUGCAGAUAAGCGCAGAACAAAAGUCAGAGGAAUCGGCUUCAGUGCUAGACUUGAUUUCUAAACCCAAUUUACGGAAGAACUUACUAAUCCUUUCGCUGCUUUGGAUCAGCAACAGCUGCUCCUAUGGCGGUCUGCACAUCAACGUGGAAAACCUGAGUGGGAAUCAGUUCCUCAACUUCUUUUACCUGGCCCUGGUCGAAAUUCCGGCGAACCUGGCUGCCUGGUGGUGUAUGAACUACUUCGGCCGUCGCUGGACCAGCGUCUUCUUCCAUCUCCUAUCCGCCGCCUCCUGCAUAGCACCGGUUAUUGCCCCCGAGGUUGGCCAUAUUGGUGUGGGAUCUUCAAUGCUGGCCAAAUUCGCUACCACGGCAGCCUUUAUGCUCACGUACCAGCUGGCUGCUGAACUUAUGCCAACGCCACUUCGGUCCUUCUCAAAUGGAGUUCUUGCUGCCCUGGCAUGCGCUGUGUCUUCCGUUGUUCCUUACAUCGUCUACAUGAGCAUGUAUGGAAAGUGGAUUCCUUUCCUAUUUCUUUGCAUUAUUCACGUCAUAGCAGGCACGUCGGCUUCUUUUUUGCCCGAGACCAAAGGCUACCCACUCUGUCAGACCGUCGAAGAUGCCAACAGUUUCGGCAAGGGCCAAAAAUAUUUUUCUUUUAAUAGAAGGGAAGAAUUACCGGCAGAAGCAACGAAGUGUGGCAAGGAUGGUGAAGGGGGCGAAAACCGGACAAUAGAACUUGAGCCGCUCGCAAAGGAAGUCUAGUUAUGUAUAACGGUGGGUUCACACUUUACAAGCAUGAAGGUCAAGAUUCAUUUCGAAGAUUCUACGUGUGCACAUGCAUCGUUAGAACUUUAUUUAUUUGCAUCGUUUUUCCACGUGGACGUCAUCAUUUCCUUUCAACAGGGUGGCGAUGGAUGAAAUAGACUAAUGUUAAAACCAGAAAAUAUCUUUUUUAACAUUUUAUUAUCACUAAAUCUGGGGCCCUCUUUUGAGGUAUACACCAAAGGGAACUGUGUUGCACGCAUCUCAUACGUUUGUUGACGUAUUUCUUCGAAGACUUAUUUAUCAGAGAAACAAAAUAUACUUUUUUGGUGUUCCCAAUGUCUGCAUUUUGAUUAUUCCUUCUGAAGCAUCAUGAAAUUAAUCUAGAACACACAUAUACAUGUAUUUUAAUACACCACGUAAUAAAAAAAAUCGCCACUCUUUGGGAUGAGCAAAGCAUUUUUAUUAUGCCUUCUUAUGUAAAAACGAGGAAAGUAGCCCAUUCUGUAGAAGAAAAUAGA